UUCAACCGAGAGAGAGAGAGGACUUCUUCUUCCCCUUCUUCUUCGGCUCAAAUUCUCUGUCAGAGUUCAGUCUUUACGCUCUCAUUCUCCAUAACAAUGGACCUUUCACUCUUCUAAACUACCCUCUCUUCUCUCCACUAUUUACCAAUUAUGCCAUCUCCCUCCGCCGCCGCUCCGCCGCUCACUGCCGACCACCACCAUCACCCUCGCCCGAGCCAUCUUUACAUCAUCUUAGCUACAUCCUUAACAGCAUCGCUCAUCAUUCUGCUCUUAACCAUUUUCCUCAUCUACCGGAAACUCUCCCGCAACCGAACUGCUCCUUCAGAAACCCACCAAGAAAAUCCCCCAAAACUCCCCCGCCGAUUCUCCUACUCCCUCCUCCGUCGCGCUACGGCGUCGUUUUCCCCCUCCAACCGUCUCGGCCAUGGCGGCUUCGGCUCUGUCUACAAGGCUGUCCUCGACUCAGGCCUCUCUGUCGCCGUCAAAAUCAUGGACUCCCCUGGUUCUCUUCAGGGCGAGCGCGAGUUUCACAAUGAACUCUCCAUCGCCUCUCGUCUUAAUAACCCUAACAUUGUCUGCCUUCUCGGUCACUCUUCAGACCGGCGCCGCCGUCGACUGAUUUUGGUUUAUGAGCUUAUGCCUAAUCGUAGCCUACAAGAUGCCCUGUUCGACAGAAAGUGCCCUGAACUCAUGCCAUGGCGUAAGAGGUUUGAAAUUUCUCUUCGUAUUGCUUCUGCUUUACAGUAUCUUCACCAUUUUUGUACUCCCCCUGUGAUUCAUGGCGAUAUUAAACCUAGUAAUAUUCUGCUCGACGCCGAUUUCGAGGCUAAAAUUGGGGAUUUCGGCCUUGCGAGGCUGAAAUCGGAGGAGGAAGAUGGCGGUGGCGGAGUUAGAGAUGUUGGAGAUAAUGGAUCGAUUUUGGAGGAAACUGAGAGUGUCAUAGAUCGUUUGCCUGAUAGUUGUGUGGUUACGAUUCUUGAUUCACCGGAGAUGGUAGAGACACGGGCGAUUGAUGAUGAACAGAUGGUAGAAACACAGGAGAGGAAGAAAGGUGGGUCUGGGAGGGAUUGGUGGUGGAAACAGGAAACCGCCAUUGAUGGUUCAGAAUCUGGUAGAGUUAAGGAUUAUGUGAUGGAAUGGAUUGGGAAUGAGAUAAAAAAAGAUAGACCCAAGAAUGAAUGGGUUGAAUCUGAAAGCUCCAUUGCUUCUUCAAGUGGGAAAAAAGAGCAGAAGAAGCAAACCAGGAGAUUGGAAUGGUGGGCUUCUUUAGAUGAUGGAAGAAUGAAGAAGAAAGAGAAGAACAGGAAGAAGCCGAGGGAAUGGUGGAAGGAGGAGUUCUGCGAGGAGCUUGCAAGGAAGAAGAAGAGGAAAGAGCUCAGCUCAAAGAGUUGCAGGGACUUAUGGUGGCAAAGAGAUGAAGAUUCAACCAAGAUGAAGAAGGUCAAUAAGAACAGUAAAGGCAGCAUUGAUUGGUGGUUGGAUGGAAGAAGAAACAGCCUAGAUGGAGGAACGAGCGACAUCCCGAAGAGUGGAGGAAUCAGCAGCACGCCUAGUAUGAGAGGAACCAUUUGUUAUAUCGCCCCAGAGUACGGUGGGGGCGGGCAGAUAUCCGAGAAAUGCGAUGUCUAUAGCUUUGGAGUUUUGUUAUUAGUUCUAGUCUCAGGUCGACGACCAUUACAAGUAAUGGCAUCACCAAUAUCAGAGUUCGAUAGAGCAAACCUCAUCUCGUGGGCUCGACAACUGGCUCGCAAUGGCAAACUCUUGGAUCUCAUCGAUCCAUCCAUUCAUUCCUUGGAUAAGGAACAAGCCUUACUUUGUAUCACAAUUGCAUUGCUAUGCUUGCAAAGAUCACCAUCCAAACGCCCUACAAUGAACGAGAUCGUAGCAGUUCUUUCAGGAGAGGCCGAGGCACCUCUCUUACCGUUCGAGUUUUCGCCAUCCCCACCGUCGAACUUACUCUUCAAGUCUCAGAGGAAAGCCACCAGGUGAGUGAAAAUUAGUUGCUGUAUACCAUUUUCGAUUCAUCGUAAACUCUCUGCAAAUGGUUAUGGCUGAUGAUCUGAAAUGGGUUCAAAAGUGAAUGGCAGAGGCCAUGAUUUUGCCAAAAAGCUUUUCCAUGAUCUUCAACCUUCAAAAUGACUUCUUCACUUGAAAAAGGUCAUCAAAAGUUGACAUUUUUUGCCUUUUCUGUGCUCUGUGCAACUUUUUAGGCCAAAAAGUGUUAGUGGUGGUGGGGAAAGGUCCAUUUGGGUCACCCAAGUUCAUAAAAUCAUAACCCAUUCAGCCUCUGAAUUGUAGGGUAGGGUACCCUUUGAGGAAUUAUUGAAUAUGGCUGAUAUAUGUAAUUAUGUUAUAUGGUCAGUUUUGCACUAAAUGUGUCGCCAAUUUUAACAUUUUGUAUUUUAACA